AUGUUCGCCACGCACACGUCCCAAAUUUCUGCGCUUCGCGCCGCGCCCGCGAAGACGCGCGCGACGACGAAGGCUCGCGCGGCGACGGCGCAAGCGGCCGCGGUGCAAGCGUCCAAGAUUCGCAUUCGCCUUCGAUCUUUCGAGACGAACCACAUGCAGAGCGCGUGUGAUAAGAUUCUUGAGGCGGCGAAGGCGACGGAGGCGCGCGUCUCCGGACCGGUGCCGCUCCCGACGAAGCGCCGCAUCUUUUGCGUGUUGCGCUCGCCGCACGUGAACAAGGACAGCCGGGAACACUUUGAGACGCGCACGCACCACCGAUUGAUUGAUGUUCAUCAGCCGACGGCGCAAACUAUUGAUGCGCUCAUGGCGCUUGAGCUUCCGUCCGGGGUUGACGUGGAAAUCAAGCUCUAG